AUGAUCACCACCACUAAUACUACUAUUACUAGAGCUGAAAAUAAAAGAGAUGAAUGGCUGACAAAAGAUCAAAAAUUCAAAGAUGAAUUUGGUAAAAAUCCCGUAGCUCAAGAUUACCUAAGGUUUCUAAAUCUAGAUUAUCAAAGUGAAAAAGAACCUAUCAAAGGAUUAACCUAUUCUCAUAAUAAUCCUGGUUCAAAUAUCAUAGUACAAGGACGUAUACUAAACAAAAGUUAUUAUGCAAUUAUUGCCGUUGGUGUUAGUGGUUUAGUGACACGUCUUCAUAAUUCUAAAAGCAUGCGGUUGACACAGAUUGAUCGUAAUAAAUUGGAAUCAUUUUACGUGGAAAAAGCAGAAUUUGAUAAAAAAGGAAUACCAAGAGUUAUUUUAACAAGAGUACCACCGCUCAACAUCAUAAGCAAUCUAAGUUUUUCAAGCGAUCCAUCAUCAUCUGAUUUGUCAUCAUUUUUAGGUUCUGAUAGAUCAAGUGUCAACGGUAGGAAAUAUUCUCCAGAAGAUAGACAAACACAGGAACAAAUUUUGGUUAAACUUCAAGAGAUAAUUAAAGAAUUUGAACCAACUAAAGUAGGUUAG